AUGGACUAUAAAAAAUUUUUAUUAUUUGGAGAUUCAAUUACAGAAUUUGCCUUUGAUCCAGAACAUUUCACCAUUGGAGCUGCAUUAGCAAAUGCUUACACAAGAAAAUUGGAUAUUGUUCAAAGAGGCUACGCAGGUUAUAACAGUCGUUGGGCUAUUCCUAUUUUGGAGAAGAUAAUUGAAAAUUCUGGUAAAGACAUUGUUAUAGGUACAAUAUUUUUUGGAUCUAAUGAUUCUGUGCAAAAGGGUCCACAAAGAGUAUCAUUACCUGAAUUUGUGGAUAAUAUAAGAAAAAUGAUAAAAAUGAUGAAACAAGCUAAUAUCAAGCCAAUUGUAGUUGGACCUGGUUUAAUCGACAGGAAUGUUUGGGAUGUCUUAAAGACUCAAGACAUUGAAAAGGGUUGGAUUAGAAGUAAUCAACUUUUUGAAGAAUAUGUUAAUGUCCUUAUAGAUUUGACUAAAGAUGAGAAUGUGCCUUUUGUUAACCUUCGACAAAGUUUUUUAGAAACAUCAGAGACUAAGAAUGAAAAGUGGCAGAAGUAUCUAAUAGAUGGGUUACAUUUUUCUGGUGAUGGUUAUCGGAUAUUUUUUAGGAAAUUAAUGAAGAUAAUAGAUCUAUAUUACCCAGAAUAUUCACCAGAUAAUAUGAAGACAAGUUUACCCAACUGGAGGGAUAUCGAGGCAGAUGGCUCAAAUAUUUCCCUAUAA